AUGUCUGGUUCUGAGCCCAUAGUGAGUGGAAACCAGUCCCUCUGCACCAAAUUCACAUUUAUAGCUUUUUCCUCUCUGGCAGAGUUACAACUUGUACUCUUCAUUGUGUUCCUAAUCAUCUACCUAUUUACUGUAGGAGGAAACCUUAUCAUCAUCUGUCUGAUCUGGGUCACCCCUUCCCUGCACAGUCCCAUGUAUUUCUUCCUGGCGAACCUCUCCUUUUUGGAGACGUGCUAUAUCAGCAGUGUGGUGCCCCAGAUGAUGGUGCACCUGCUGGUGGAGAUCAAGACCAUAAGUGUGGGAGGCUGUGCAGCCCAGAUGUACAUAUUUACCAUCUUGGGACUGACAGAGUGCUGCCUGUUAGCAGCCAUGGCUUAUGACCGCUUUGUAGCUAUUUGUUACCCACUGCAUUACACUCUCCUGAUGGGCCCUCAGGUGUGUUUGAAAUUGGCUGCAGCAUCUUGGAUCACCGGGGUGGUAGUGGAGUCAGCCCAGACCACCUGGAUCUUCACUCUGCCUUUCUGUGGAACAGGGAAAAUUCAGCAUUUUUUUUGUGAUAUUAUCCCUGUAGUGAAACUGGCUUGUGUUGAUACCUCCCGCAAUGAGGUUGUGAUGUUUGCCGUCUCCAUGCUCUUCAUUAUGAGUCCCUGUCUCCUCAUUCUGUGCUCUUAUAUGCGCAUUCUUGGGACCAUCUUGAGAAUCCCCUCAGCAGCCGACAAGCAGAAGGCUUUCUCCACUUGCUCUUCUCAUAUCCUGGUUGUUUCUCUGUUCUAUGGCACUGCCUUGUUUACUUAUCUCCAACCUAAGACUGCACACACUCCAGAAACAGACAAAGCAACUGCACUCAUGUACACGGUGGUCACACCUGCUCUGAAUCCUGUUAUCUAUACCUUGAGGAACAAGGAAGUGAAGGAAGCCCUUCAGAGGGUAACACAAAAGAACGCUCUUAGACAAAUUGCCUAA